AUGCCUCAUUCGGAAGCCUCUCGGGAGCGGAUGGAAACCAGUGCCAACGUGACGAGCGGCGCUCAUGGACAGCAAAGCCAGAUCCGGGUCCUAGUUGCCUGCCCUCGUUCGGGGUCCACACUCUUCAUGCGAAUUUUUCGCGAAUUCCCUGGCUGUGCAGUUACGAGUCGCUUGAUUCUGCAAGGAAGCUAUCACAAAUUCAGCGACCAGACUCUAGCUCGAAUUAAGCCAGACUAUACUAUUUUCUCCCAUCCUGAAGUCCACCCGGUCUAUCAGAAAGCGGUGUCGGAAGGUUUUACCACACUAGUCACCAAAGAGGAAUUGGGUCACGAAUCUUUCAAGGGCGAAUGUGACUUCAACGUACUUCCCAAUCGAGACGCCUACGAGAAAACGCGGCCCGCGUUUCUCGUCCGGGACCCUGUGCGAGUGUUUGAUAGUUGGAAUAAUAUGGGCUGGGGUGAUCUAUACAGCUUCUUCAUUAGUUAUCGGUCACUCUUCAAAAUGCUCACGGCCAGCCCAACACCUCAGGUUGUCCUGUAUGAACAAUUGGUGGCCAAUCCUAGGGAUACAGUAACCACAUUGGCAAAAUACUGGGGCAUUGAAUACGAUGAUGGCUGUUUGGAGUUUAGGCAGCCUUUUGGGGAUUAUCUAUUCAACGGUUACCGAGAGCAAUCGAUCUAUCAGGGUGCCGUCCCUGACGGCCUCUUCAAUCGCGUCAAGUCUCACACCCACGUCGAGGACUUCCACGGCCACGGGCUGCUAUCCGCACUUGAAAUUGAACAUAUCGAAGCUGAAGUAGGUGGCCUGUACCUGGAGGCCUAUGGCCCCCAGCUAGAUCCCAUAUCAAGUCUUCUCUCUGGAAAGACGUGGUUUGGCUUCGAUCUCGACGAUACGCUGCACGAGUUUCGCAAAGCGUCUGCUCAUGCCUCCCAUGCUGUCUUCGCCGCAAUUCGAGCCAACCAUCCCGAGACCAACAACACAAUCGAUGAUCUCCAGGCUACCUAUCGUGACAUCCUUCGUUCAAACACUGCAAAUGCGUUCACAGAUGGGAAAUCAUCCGAAGAAUAUCGCAGCGACAGAUUUAGACGUCUUCUUGAAGCCCAUGGGCAUACGUCUUCUCGGGUAGAAGUGGAAGAGUUGUUGGCAGUAUACAAGAGCAGUCUCCGUGCCGCCCUGACACUGAAGGCCGGGGCACUUCGUCUCCUACAGAAGCUCAAGUCUCAUGGCAAGAAGGUUAUUGUCGUCACCGAGGGACCGCAAGAUGCACAAGAAUGGACGGUGUCAGAGCUUGGGUUACAGGAAUUGAUUGAUAUCCUCGUCACUACCAAUGAGGUUGGCGUGUCCAAGGUGGAUGGUUUAUUUUCCGCUGUCCUAGAAAAGCAUAGCAUCGUCCCAACUGAUAUGGUAUACGUGGGGGAUAGCGAACAGCGCGACAUUGAACCAGCGCGGGCUGCCGGGAUGGACACUGUGUUGUAUGAUGAGAAGAGCAACUGCCGGCUUCAAGAUCCUCACGACCUGCGGCUAAACUCGCUCCCAAAAUUGGAGUAUCUAAUAGCCCGUUCUUGGGCUACCUGA